AUGGGCUGUGGGUGGCCUGGGCCUGCUCUGCUGCUUCUCGUGGCAGUGGCACAUCCUGCGGGCGGCGUGCGGCCAGAGGCUCUGAGGCUUCAGGCGGAGCUGGCGGCGGCGAGCGCGCCAGUGGUCCAGGAGGACACCGCUUCGCAGUUCGAGAUGAAGGCGCCUGUGGGCUUGCGCCUACUCCCAGACAGCCACUACCAUGCGAGGCUGGGUAACGACGCCCAAUGCGACAUCACCGGCUCCUCGACAGGUGUGGUCAAGGCAGUGGCUGCGCACGUUACGCCCUGGGUUGAUGCGUGGGACCCGGUGGGGAGCCUGCUGGAGCUGCUGCGGCGGCCCCUGGCAGCCGUGGGUUUGGACGCGGCCCGGCGUUUGGACGUCAAGCUGCUGAAUGCCCAGGAGGCCUGUGAGGGAUUCGCCGAUGUGCUGGUAGUCUUUGCCCUUGUUUUUGCGCUGCUCCUCGCUGGCGGGUUGGUGGUGAAAGAUGGAAUGGAGUGCAAGGUUUUCUUUAUUGGCAUUUCUAUGGGGCUCCUCCUUUACCUCCUCAUCCACAUGGGCUUCAUUGUGGUGCGCAUCGCGCGUCUACGGCUUGCGCAGUCAGAGGGGCUGCUUGGCGGAGGUGCCGAGGAAGCGGCCAUCAUCGUCCCGAGCCCCGAGGCCGACUUUGCGGCCGGCGCCAUGCAGCUGGUGCGGCUCACGACGCCGCCCGGCCCGCAGUUGGCUUUCCUUUGCAUAUUGGCUCGCGAUGCCUUCCACGCCCGCAGCGAGGACCGCUCCGUGGCCAACGUUGAGGCCGGCUGUCGGCUGCCGGGCCUCCUUCGCCUGUUGAGGCAGCUGUCGCAGAAGGCUUCCGGCAGCAAGCUCGGCGAUGGCGCAGUGGCCGCGGACACGAAGACAGCGGUGCCGGUCUUGGAGGAGAGCCUCGUCCGCGAGGAUGUUCGGAUGCUUUCCUUCAGCACGCUGGUCAAAGCAGGCCGGGCCUCGGAAGAUGUGCUGCAAGCCCUCCGCGGGGAGCCGGCCGCAGGAAGCGACAGCGAGUUCGGCCUCUUCCGAGAUCUCGGCUGGCACGGCCCGGCGCUCUUCAAGAUGACGCGCUCACAUGUAGGCUUCCUUGCCCUGCCACUAGCGCUGCUGCUCCUCCUGGCCAUGCUGGGCUCCGCCUUCUUUCAGGCCUCGCGGUUUCUCUGCCAGCUCCCGGAGCUCUCUCAGCUGGAGCUCUCCUACCCGGAAAACGGAAUCGGCUUCCGGCCCUGGGUACAUCGCUACGAGGCGCGGCUGGAUGCCAGCUUUGAGCGCGCCUUCCUGGCGGCCGCGGCGGAGGAGGCUGACACAAAGUCACUGGAGCUUCGCAGCGCCUCCGAGCCCACGGCCUCCAACGCCAGCGCUGUCUUUGGCAACGUGCCGCUGCUGGGCCUGUCGCUGCCACGCGAGGCGUGGGUGUGGCAGCAAGGCCUCCAGGACAAAGUCGCCGAGUACGGUGUGGCCUUCACGCCGGUGACCACGCUGGCCAGCCAGAUCACCAUCCGCGUGCCGGCCAAAGGCAUCGAGCGGCGCCUGUCAUGGGCGGAGCUUCCAGGCUCCGUGCUGAGUUUGGAGAUGGCAAAGGACGACAGCCUCUCCCUGCAUAUUGUCCUCAGUGACUACGAGCUGGGCAUCCCACAGCCCUGCGGCCAAAAAGGUUCUGCGCAUGGAAUCUUCACCGAGUUCUGCGUCUUUCCCAAAACCUGCGCCGCCAAUGCCACAGAGCACGACGCGUGCUGCAAGAAGCAGUGCCAGCACGACCCGCAUUGCCUGACCGCCAGUGCCGGCAGAGCCGGCAGUGCUGACAACGGCUUAGUAGAAAUGUUGAAGAUCUGCCUCGUCAAAAGGAGCAUCCGAGGGCAAGUCUGCAACCUGCAGGGCCGCAAGCCCUGCGUGGAGGCGGAGGCCGACGCAGAGCACGUGCUCAAGUUCGACGGCAUCUUUCCGGACUGGCAGGCCCGCGCUGAGUUGAAGGUUUCCUUGGCUUUGGCUGCAGGUGCGCAGCAGGUCUUUUCAGAGGCGGAGUCUUUGCAGCUGUCGCUGCAACCUCUAGAGAUCUUCAAUGUCCUCGUGAACGUCACCGGUGUGCCCCUCAAUGCCAGCGAGGCAGGUGCCGAUAUCAUGUUCCUCAACGCCACGGCCUCGGUCAACGAGGAGCAUGAGGUGGAAGUGACCCUGGAGCAGUACGCCCCGUAUCUGUUUGCAGAGCUGGCGCUGCAUCUGUCGGUGCUCUUGCCAGACAGGGACUUCGUGAGUGACUGGAGCCUGACAGGAGCAGAGCCGUCUUCAUCUGAAAUGCUGCAGUUCCGGCAGUGCGCAUCAAGUGAAUUCCUGUCAGAACGUUUCGAGGUUUGCCGGAAGGCAGAGAACCGUACUGGCGGCUGGGCUUCCUCGGUCGUGCAGGUAGCAAUGCCAGCCUGGGCACUUGAGGAAACGCACCUCACUUUCGGCGUAAUCCCCCAGAAGCAAAGUGAUUGGCAAGCAUCCACAAAGAAGCAUGCCAUAAGGGUGUUGCUGAAAGGCGACGUUCCAAGCGUGGGUGCUUGGGCCAUCUCACCUGCUUCGACGGGGCCGGAGCGAUGCCGCUUUUUGGCAGAGGCUGGAGACUUGCAAGCAGCAGUCAAUGUUCGCGACGAGGAGGGGACUCUGAUAGCCCCAAAGGCUGACCUGCGCGCAGCAGUCCAUUCGGGCGACGAGGAAGGUAUUCUGACAGCCCCAAUCGUUGAGGCAAAUGACAAGGAUGCCGCAAGGGCACAGAGGUAUGCGAUGAGCCGUGCAGCAUGCGCUUACGUGCGCCGUGACUGCCCUGCAGUGCACACCCUGGCCUUUGGCUCAUUGAAUCUCACAGAUAUCAUUCCAGGGAUUUUUGAGGACGCCUUCCAGCAGAGCCAGUUGGAGGUGCCCGUGGAUAGUGACAUGGAGCAAGUUUCACAGCAUGCAAUCAAGAAAGCAGGCCCGGCUGUGUGGAGCUUUGCUAGAUGCUUGGCCGCGGCUGCCCGCCUACCUCAAUUGGCAGAUGUCUGCGAAACUACUUGUGAACGGUUGCCCCUAGAUGAGGCGGGAGAUAUUCCCGGCAUCAUGUGCUGCGAAUUUUCCCCAUCCCAUUUGCCUUCGCCUCUCACGGCGGACGGGCUCGUUGCCAUCCUGCACACCACGCCUGAUGACACGGAUGAUUCGCUGGUCAAGGGCUAUUGCGAUGUACUUCGCAAGAAUGCCAGUGAGGCAAAAGAGCAGGAGUUGGCGGAACUGCUCAUUGCGGCCGCUAUCAGCAUGCAGAAUCUGCAGGCGGUCAAUCUGACGCUCCGGCACUGUGUGCCGAAGCUCACUUCCAAGCAAGGCAGGUUGCUGUGGAGCCUGCGGGAGAUCCCUCUCAAUCUCACAGGGCUGAUUUGGGAUGAUUUCCCGCAGCACCUCAGCGCAUUGCUGCAGGAUGCUGUUGACAGGCGCUGCACAGAAUGCUUGGCUUCUUGGGACUCAUCGCUGCCAGGGCUGGGGACAGCUGAUGUUCCCCACAGCAAAAACGUGUCGCUCCGUUUUGUGCAUCAACAACGGGAGCACCGCUUGCUGUCAGAGAUUGCUGGGAAGCCUGGCAUUGUGCACGUAAUCGUAGACCUGCAGGUCAGUUUCGGUGACUCUCCAGCCGCAGCCCAGUAUGUGCAGGCUCUCUGCCAGCUCCUUCGGUCCAGCAGGCGAUCUCUUGCUUCUUUGAAGAUUGACUACUUAAGUUUUGAAGAUGUGCGAGGCGCGAAUGAGUUCGCUGCCAGCCUGCGGCGGCUCAGCAAACUCCAGUCGCUGACCCUUCGACAUGUUUCAAUGUCUGCAGCCGGCUUGGCCCAGCUGCUGCCAGCAGAAGCCAGUGCCCUGCCUGAGCUCAGAGCCCUUACCCUGUCAAUGAAGACGUACGGAAAUCGCCUACCGGCCUUGGCGCCAUUCCUGGCCAGUCGAGCAGCACUCCGCUCGCUGGAGCUUUCACACUUCUUCUCGCCUGCGUCAGAAGCAGAUCAGUUCGUGGCAACCCUGAAGCAGCUACGCCAACUGGAGUCCCUCAAGCUGACAUCUGAUGACAUACUACCCGUCAGUACCGCCCUCCAACUUCUCGCCUCGCCAAUGCCUCCAGCACAUUUCCUUCACUCCAGUCCCUCGAGUUGGGUGUUUUAG